GCGCGUGGGAGGCUGCGAGGAGUAGCGCGAACAGCAAUAGCCGAACGAGUUCACUCAUUGAGUUGGCGAAGGCAGAGAGAAGAACUCAGAAAAAAUGGCGUUCACAGUUCGAGGUCUGAAGGUUCCGCCCAACUCCGCCAGUCUGGAAGAAGCCCGGAAUCGAGUCUUCGACUUCUUCAGAUCAGCAUGUCGAUCCUUGCCUGCAAUCAUGGACAUCUAUAACUUAGACGAUGUCACUACUAUUUCUCAGAUCCGCUCUACCAUCGCCUCCGAGAUCCGCAAGAAUUCCCACGUUACGGACCCUAAGGUGAUUGACAUGCUUCUUUUCAAGGGCAUGGAAGAGCUCGGUAACAUUACCGAACAUGCAAAGCAACGGCAUCACAUCAUCGGUCAGUAUGUGGUUGGUCGCGAAGGACUCGUGCAAGAUGUGGGUUCCAAGGAUCAGGGCAUAUCCAAUUUUCUCAAAAACUUCUACAAGAGUAACUACUUUUGAACUUCAUCCUUCCUUGAAUAUGAAACAUCCAUAGUUUUUAUUUGUGAUCUUGAGAAAUAAUGAAGAAACUAUGUGUUCUCUGGACAAUGAACACUCCUAUUUGAUCGUUUUGUUGGAUUGAAUUGUUGGUAUAUUAUGACCGCUGUAGCUUUUACAGAAGCAAAGCAAUCCAAGAUCUUUGGUUCUAUUUACACCGUUUUUAA